AUGACUAACAAGAGACCAGAAGGGCCCUUGCGAGAACUGCACAAGGACGUACCGAAUUUUGUAGAAAUUGAAAACACGUCUAUAAGAGUGUGGCUCAAGGUUGAGGCGUGGGUAGUCCCUGGAAACGAUUUUGUCGACCAGUAUUACUGGACGUUCCGGCUUCAGGUCGAUACCCGAAGCACGGGCGAUUUGAGCACCGAAAGACUGAACGGCUUGAUCGCCGAGGCCGGAAAAUGUCAGAGAAUGUUGCACCAAACGCAAGAGUGGACCUUCAGGAUGGAGGAGAUCGAAUAUGUGGACCGGAAACGUGGAAUCGACGCUUCCAAUCACGAUUCACUUCGCAUGGAGGAAAACCCCCGCAAGGUCUCAAAGCGCACUCCUGGUUCCAUAGCCAAAUCACAUCCGAGGAAUUUGGGUCUGGGGAAUUGGGAGCUACAGAGUGUAAUGGUUGGUCCUGGCAUGUUCGAACCGUCGGCCUCUAGCAGAGUGGCGCAUGACAUCAAUCCGCCAAGGCUAGAAGCUACACAACCAUCGGGGUCAACGCCUGGCGUGGCUGGCGUCGGACUGGCCGGCAGAAACUCGUUAGCACUGACGUCUGGCAUUGGUCGCUCAGGGUCGACAGCUCCGGAUCAUUCGACCUCAACGGAUCCUCCUUACUAUGGACGGCGAGAUCCGGAUGACUUGCAAUUGACGGAUGCAGAUCACCCAGGACUAACGUACGAUGUCGACGUAUCGAGACCGACCGACGACGACCCGUCAGGACUGAUGCCUGCUGUAGGUCUGUCGGAACUGGCGAGCACAGAUCUAUCAAUAUUGACGUCCGACGCGGAUGCAACAGGACCGACUGGCAUGCACUCACCUGAACUGACCCCCGGUGUAGGCCCGCUGGAACUGGCCAGUGUAGACACUACGGGACCAACGCCUGGGGUAGAUUCGUCAGGCCUGACAGACGAUGGUUCGAGAGGCCAAGAUGUCUCGAGACUGAUACAUAACGCCGGACCAGCAAGACCUGCCAACAUAGCGUCAUCUGAAGUGACGGUCAUUGUGGAGCCGACAGGGGUCGCGCCUGACAUUGACCCGUUACAGCACCUGGAUAUCGAUCCGAUGACGGACGAAGAAUGGCAGACGUUGCAAGCUCUGUAUGCCUCAGGACCGACGGACGGCGCAGACCAAGCAGGGCCGGUGGCGACAGACCCGUCUAGACUGACGCCUGGUGUAGAUCCAUCACGGCUGGCAGACCCGGGUGCUCCAGAACCGACUAGCGACGAGGAACAGUCGGGGAUAAGGGGUACAAGCGCGUCUGAGUUGACGUCUGCCCUAUACUGGUCAGGACGGACUGGCACAGACCCACCAGCACAGCCGUCGAGCGGACGUCCGCCGACAGUGUCAGGAGCGCACUCCUCGGCGUUGGCGCCCGUUGAGCACCCAUCGGGUCCGGAUCACUCAGAGACACCGCAUGUGCUGAACCCGUCAGGACCAACACCAGAGUCCCUCGACGCUGAUGAUGCAGGUAGGCGUAACGAGGAUUGGCCGAUGCAAGACGUCGCAACCGCUGAGCAGGGUGGCCCACCAAAUAUACAGCAUGCGAUAACCGACAUCCAGCGCACACACUCGGUCGGGACCGAGCAGCAAGAUCCAUCCGGCGAUGGGCACUCCUCAGCCGAUCGAACAGAUCUCCUACCGCAUGGAAAUCCCAAAAAGCGAAUGAGCUCGGCCGGAGGCACCGCGCCUGGACCGACGGCCGUGAAGAGAAAAAUUGCUGUACCCCAGCCGCGAGGCACUCGAUCGUUGAGUGGGGUGAGCAGCCGCGGAGAAGGCGAAGGAGGUAUAGCGGGAUCUGGCGCGACGCCUGAUCAAUGCCGCGAGCAGGGCAUGGCUUCACCAGCGGACCGGCCUGCAGUGUUCUGCGGUACAACGUUCGCACGGAGAGUACGUGUCCUCGUCAACGCCGUUAUCACCGGUGCCGCCAAGUUCCAGGCAGACGAGAUCUCGAGGGGAACGUGGAUGAAAGGGUCAGGCAUGAAGCUAGAGCGAUGUGCCGAUGCGCAAGCACUGAACGAAACUUAUUCGAAACAGGUAGAGGCGGCGAGUACGAACCAAUGGAGGUUAUAUUUCUUCUUUGGCUGCUCCGAGCAGAUACUCUCCGCUAGUAGAGGGCGAAGCAGUCGCCAGAUAAGCUGCAGUGCGGGUCAAUCUGAGGGUGGUCCAGUGCCAGUCUCCGGACCUAACAGCCCACCAUCAAGCUCAGAUGGAGGCGGACAUAGCGAGAACAAGUCUAAGAGGUUCCGUUGUCGUAAGAUUGCACGAAUUGUGAUAUCGCUCAUCAACAGCUUGGCUGCAGCUCUGGAACUAGAAGGAGCGGAAGCCGGGGAUGGGGCUCAGCGGGCGUACAAUAUAAUUCCGGCAUUGGCAGUGGCCAAUCACGGGUUUUCUCAGAGCAAAAUUGGCGAUUGGAAGACAGAAAAUAUCCAGGCCGGCGUCGCGCAGGCCGCAGAGGCGCUGAUGCGACCGGAGCACAGUGAGUGGCGUUACCUUGAUCAAGCUUUUCGGAUCGACCCAGCAGUGCGAUUGAAGACAACAGACAUGUCGAUCGCACAAGUGCGGGAGAGACUCGGCCUCAAUCAGAGCUCGUCCCAACGAUUGUUCAAUGAAUAUACUAACAUGGAUGAAACCCCAUCGAACGACGGUCAACCAGAGGACACUGAUGAAGAGCUGUAA